UUGGGAACCUAGGAGCUGCUGUUAGUACCCGCAGGAUCUCAUAGUAGCAUCCUGAUGUGACAUAGGGCAUCAUGGCCUCUCGUAAGAGACGCUCCUCUACACCCGGACUGCCACACACCUCAGCCCUGACAGUGCUCCUCGAAGCCCAGCACCUGAAGUCGGUCGUUCAUAGGCUGAUUUAUGUAGCAAGGAUAUCUCCGGAGCGAGGGCACCGCGGGGAUAUACCAGACCAUUACGACAGACUAUUUCAUCGGCUGGUAAAAUCCAACCUUGGAGAAUCCAUCUCGGGAUUACUUCUGCUGUACCCCAGCUCUGUCAUUCACAUGAUUGAGGCUUCUUCUGAAAUCCUGACUGGGAUAAAUCAAGAUCUCAUCCAGAUCCAGAACCAGGGUGCAAACUCACUUCUGCAGGACAUCAAAAUCCUUGUGAUCUCCCACAAUAUCCCAAGCAGACUCCUUCCUCAGUGGUAUUUCCGCAUAGUGAGACUCCCCACACAGUACUUGGGUGACUAUGGGCAUGGACAGACGGUGGACGCGGCAGUGGAAGAAUGUCUCACCCUCAUGUUGAAGUUAGGAAUGUUCUUGUCUCGGAUACUAAAGCUCGGCAGCAAAGGACCUGGAGAGGAUCUGCAUGAUUUGGCCCCAGAACUGCUUGUGCGAGAGGAGACCAUCUGCUUCCUUCUUCGAUCUGAACGGUUUCUCAAGCCGGAAGAGUUCUUCACAAUGUACAACAAGCCAAUCAACAGCUCUGUCUCUUCAGGUGAGCACAGCGCGGCAUGGCGUCACCUCUUGUAUGUACGCCCGCUAGCUGUGCUUUGUAUAUGCAGUACAAUAGGUAUGUGCCCCAUUUUUUUAGGCGGUGGCACUCUAGAGGGCAUAUGAACACAUUUGGACAAAGUCAGAGAUUUCAGUGCUAUGGUAUAACUCAUGGACGCGGCCAAUUUCUUUAAAGCCUGCACAGUCACACGAUGGAUGCUUCCAUUACCAGCAAUUCCUAAUAUGUAAUAGUAUGUGAUCGGGGAGCGAUAGGUGUAUGAAUCGACAUAUAAUACUUCCGGCACCUGGCCACGAACACAGGAUGGGCGAUAACUCUGAUCCCGGUCAACAGCGACCACAGCAUUUGAGUGGUUAGGCAGAGGGAGGGGGUUCCCUCUCAUCAAAGCCCCUGCGGUGAAAUUGUGGGGCUCUGAUCCCUUGCUAUGACAGCCUAGUGCCUUGUGCAGGCUCCCAGGCCUUUCAUAGUCAGCUGCCUACAGAGGCAUGGCCUAACAGGCAGCCAGUGAAAAACCCAUAGACUGCAACAGUAUCCUACUUCAGUCUAUGGUACAGGAGAUCAAAAGAUCUCAUAUUCAAGUCUCCUUAGGGGACUAAAAAUUACAGUAAAAUAAAGUUUAAAAAAAACUAAACAAAAUUGAAACCACCCCCUUUUCCAAAUUUUACAUAUCAAAAUAAAUAAAUAAUAAAAAAUAAACACAAUAGGCAUUGCCGCUUUCCAAAAUGCUUGAACUAUUAAAAUCUACAAAUAUUUUUCCUACGCAGUAAACGCUGUAAUUAAAAAAGAAAUAAAAAUGCACAAUUCUCCAUUGUUUGGUCACCUUGCCCCUACCAAAAUAUCAAAUUAAAAGUGAUUAAAAAGUUGUAAGUAAUCCAAUAAAAAACUAGAGCU